CUGCAUUCUGGGAAAGGGCAAUUUCCGUUAGGUGCUGAAGGCUGUGGCGCGCGGCUGACCCCACUCCCACGUGAAGCGCUGCGCUAGCAUCGCUCGGCUGGCGGCUCCCAGCUCGCCGCGGAGCAGCCCCGGCAGCAGCGGGGGACCGGAAGUGGCUCGUGGAGGCUCAGAAGCUAGUCCCGGAGCCCGGCGUGUGGCGCCUUAGAGCGCGGUGACGGCGCCAUGUCCCUAAUCUGCUCCAUCUCUAACGAAGUGCCGGAGCACCCAUGUGUGUCCCCUGUCUCUAAUCAUGUUUAUGAGCGGCGGCUCAUUGAGAAGUACAUUGCAGAGAAUGGUACCGACCCCAUCAACAACCAGCCUCUCUCCGAGGAGCAGCUCAUCGACAUCAAAGUUGCUCACCCAAUCCGGCCCAAGCCUCCCUCGGCCACCAGCAUCCCGGCCAUUCUGAAAGCCUUGCAGGAUGAGUGGGAUGCAGUCAUGCUGCACAGCUUCACUCUGCGCCAGCAGCUGCAAACAACCCGCCAAGAGCUGUCACACGCCCUGUACCAGCACGAUGCCGCCUGCCGUGUCAUUGCCCGUCUCACCAAGGAAGUCACUGCUGCCCGAGAAGCUCUGGCUACCCUGAAACCACAGGCUGGCCUCAUUGUGCCCCAGGCUGUGCCAAGUUCCCAACCAAGUGUUGUGGGUGCGGGUGAGCCAAUGGAUUUGGGUGAGCUGGUGGGAAUGACCCCAGAGAUUAUUCAGAAGCUUCAAGACAAAGCCACUGUGCUAACCACGGAGCGCAAGAAGAGAGGGAAGACUGUGCCUGAGGAGCUGGUGAAGCCAGAAGAGCUCAGCAAAUACCGGCAGGUGGCAUCCCACGUGGGGUUGCACAGUGCCAGCAUUCCUGGGAUCCUGGCCCUGGACCUCUGCCCAUCCGACACCAACAAGAUCCUCACUGGUGGGGCGGAUAAAAAUGUCGUUGUGUUUGACAAAAGUUCUGAACAAAUCCUGGCUACCCUCAAAGGCCAUACCAAGAAGGUCACCAGCGUGGUGUUUCACCCUUCCCAGGACCUGGUGUUUUCUGCUUCCCCUGAUGCCACUAUCAGGAUUUGGUCGGUCCCCAAUGCCUCUUGUGUACAGGUGGUUCGGGCCCAUGAGAGUGCUGUGACAGGCCUCAGCCUUCACGCCACUGGUGACUAUCUCCUGAGCUCCUCUGAUGAUCAGUACUGGGCUUUCUCUGACAUCCAGACAGGGCGUGUGCUCACCAAGGUGACAGAUGAGACCUCCGGCUGCUCUCUCACCUGUGCACAGUUCCACCCUGACGGACUCAUCUUUGGAACAGGAACCAUGGACUCUCAGAUCAAGAUCUGGGACUUGAAGGAACGUACUAAUGUGGCCAACUUCCCUGGCCACUCGGGCCCCAUCACUAGCAUCGCCUUCUCUGAGAAUGGUUACUACCUGGCUACAGCGGCUGAUGACUCCUCUGUCAAGCUCUGGGAUCUGCGCAAGCUUAAGAACUUUAAGACAUUGCAGCUGGAUAACAACUUUGAGGUAAAGUCACUGAUCUUCGACCAGAGUGGUACCUACCUGGCCCUUGGGGGCACGGAUGUCCAGAUCUACAUCUGUAAACAAUGGACAGAGAUUCUUCACUUUACAGAGCAUAGCGGCCUGACCACAGGGGUGGCCUUCGGGCAUCACGCCAAGUUCAUCGCUUCAACAGGCAUGGACAGAAGCCUCAAGUUCUACAGCCUGUAGGCCCUGGCCCUUCUGAUGGAAGCUGGGCCUCAUCUCAGUAGAGGGGUAGAAUUAGGGUUUGGGGGGUGGGGGGAAUCUAUGGGGGAGGGGGCUCUGUGGGGUGGGACAUUCACAUCAUUUCACUCUGGUCUGAGUGGUGGCCUGAGAACCAUGGUGGCAUGGACCACCCUCAUCCAUGCACCUCCAGGCCCCAUGGGAACGGAUGUGGAAGGAAGAACUGUCACCCUCUAAAGGCCCAGGGUUGGAGCCCAGGGCCUCUCCCUUCCUGUCGUUCAAUGGACGUGGUGGUGGCUGUUCCACACCCAUUUUGUUGCAGUUCCUGUGAGACAGGAGAGGCUGAGCCAAGGGAACUGUGAAGGGGAUGGGCAGGAGGGCUUGUGCAGGGUUUUGUAAGCAGUGAUCUAGUUUCAUUAAAAAAAGAAAACAAUAAACAUAACCACCUCCCCGUGUCUGUCUGCACCAGGCGCACCCGGGGCUGGGAAGGUGAAGGGGAGGGAGCACACACUGGGACACUGGCUUCCGGGAAGCCCAUCUUCCUUUCCUUUCACAGCUCUUGCCCUUUUUGUUUGUUUGUUUUCUUUUAAUUGCACAGCAGAAAUAAAAAUAAAUCUGCAGAUGAAA